AUGGAGGCAUUACACAGCAUCUCGGCUGCUGAAGACACGAGCCAAGCGGACGCCUCUUCUGCCGGUGGUUUAAUACUGCCCGUCAACUCCGUCAUGGGAAACUGGACGGAUCCAAGUGCCAACUCAACAAAGGAGAUUCAACUGAACAUCACAGACUGCGUUGCUCUUUCUGUCUACAGCUUCACCUUUAUGCUGGGACUUCCUGCCAACCUGUUUGUGCUCUUUGUGUAUGUGCGCAAAGCUCGUAAACAUGGCGCCACACCCAAUGUGGUCUAUGCCCUAAACCUUUGCCUGGCCAACCUGGGGCUGGUGGUCUGGUUGCCCGUUAAGGCUCUGGAGACGGUGGUGCAGAGUUGGAGGUUGCCACCGCCCAUCUGCCCAGUGUAUAGCUUCUUCCUAUACUCAUCCUUGUACAGCAGCUGCCUCUUCAUCACUGCCGUCACGGUGGGACGCUACCUGAGCAUUGCCUUUCCCAUCAUCUACAAGAGAUACCGCCAUGCGCGACUGUCCUUCUACAUCUGCAUCACCUUGUGGGGGGUGGUAAUGCUGCACCUGAGCAUUGGCCUGGUGGCCGAGCGGGGAGGGUACUUCAUCAGCAUCAAGGACGACGAGCUGGCGUGUUACGACCACUUCAACGCCUCACAACUGGAGGUGCUGCUCCCCCUACGGCUAGAGAUGGCUAUCGUCCUGUUCCUCCUGCCUCUGAUUGUGACUUCCUUCUGCACGUUACGCUGUGUCACGCUGGUGUGGCGCUCAAAGCUGCCCCCUAUGGGCAAGAGGAGAGUCCUGGCAGUAGCCCUGUCCACGCUCACCGUGUUUGUAGUUUGUUACGCGCCGUACAAUGCAUCCCAUGUGGUGGGGUUUGUGCUUGGAACAAAUGUCGAGUGGAGGACCUUGGCCAUGCUGACGAGCUCCUGUAACGUUUUCCUGGAGCCCAUGGUCAUGCUGAUGCUCUCACCGGCCUCAUCCAGAGGCGUCCUGCGAAGAAUCUGUGGCAGAGUUUGGGGGCGGGUCUUCCAUAUCCGAGCCGCCAUCAUGCCGCUCAGCCAGCUGCUGCUCUCCAUCUACAUCCUUACCUUCCUGAUUGGGGUCCCCACCAACAUCCUGGCCUUCUGCACCUUCUGCUGCAAGCUGCGUCGCAAGCCGACGCCCAUAGACGUCCUUCUCCUGAAUCUCACCAUCUCCGACCUCCUUUUCCUGGCCUUCUUGCCCUUCAAAAUGAAGGAGGCGUAUGACGACAUGGUGUGGCUCCUGCCGUACUCGCUGUGCCCCUUGACCGGCUUCCUGUUCUACGUGACCAUCUACAACAGCACGCUGCUGCUGACAGCUGUUAGUGUGGAGCGCUACCUGGGCAUGGCCUUUCCCUUCCAGUAUGCAGUGUGCCGCCGGCCUCGCUACGCCGUGUUGGCCUGUCUCUUGUUCUGGGCGGUGUCUCUCUCUAACCUCAGCUUUGUCUACAUCUUACCUUUCUCCCAGUGGAGCGAGGGCAAUCACGGCCACAACCACAAUGUCAGCAAUCCAACUUCCCCUCCACCCACCUGCUACCUGGAAUUCACCCCAGAGGAGCUCAGCAUCGUCAUGUCCGUCCGAUUGGAGCUCUUCCUCAUGCUCUUCUGCAUCCCUUUCCUCAUCAGCUGCUUCUGCUACAUCAACUUCAUCCUCAUCCUGUCCCGCCUCCCCAACAUCAGUCGGCGACGGAGGCUACGUUGCAUUGGCCUGGCGCUCGGCACACUCAUCGUCUUCACAGUCUGCUUCGGGCCGUACAACGCUUCCCAUGUGGUGGGCUUCGUCCGCCAGGAGAAUGAGGAUUGGAGGAGCAUCGCCCUGCUCUCCAGCACCCUCAACGCCUGCCUGGACCCCCUCAUCUUCUACCUGUCCUCAUCGGUGGUCAGGUCCACACUGAACCGCCUCUUCAGAAGCGUGGCGGAGAAGCUCCAUAUCCUACGCUGUGGGGCAGCACCUCCCAACCCUGAGCCUAAACUACCAAAGACAGAGAAGUACAAGGAAGAAGCCCCCCCAUGAAAGCUCGGACAAGACUCUCUUGUAAAUAAUUGAUGCUAACUUUUCAAUGUUGAAGCUGCAAAAGGUGACAAUCCACAGAUGUUCUUAACUUAAGAGACUUCUUGUCUGCUGGUUAAGGUUCAAACAGCACAGAUCCACAUGAUGUUCAGGCUUUCUUUGAAUCCAGGAUUUGACUUUUAACAGUCUCAGCUUUAAGGAUGAAGUUAGAAGCAGCCAGAUGUGCAAGGGAAUCCAAAGAGAUCUUCUGUUUUUCAACCACAAACUAUGUAAAGUUAUUGAAAACUAUCUCUUUUUUUUUUAUAUAAUUUAGAGUUUCAUAUAUAGCUCCAAAUACCACUGUUUCAGGUACACACACAGUUGUUCUGUGGUUUCAAACAUUAGAAUUUACUUCAGGGCGAAAAGGAUCCACAGGUUUGCUGUCCUGCAGAUGACCGGUUUAUGAGGGUACAUUUUGAAAAACAUCUAUCUGACGGUAAAAGUCCAACUCCAAUCAUCUUUUGAUCUCAAAUAAAAGUAGUCUUUUUAUUACAAUCAUGCCGUUUUUAGCCAAAAUAAAAAAUACUUGUGUCAUUUUCUUGGACAUAGUUUGCCUCUGAGUUGUGGGGGAAACUGUUGGUGCAAAGUAAGCCCACCCCGCUUCCUGUUCUCCAUCUGUUUACAUCUUGAGUCAACGUUUUUGACACAAAGUGCCAAUUCAAAAUGUUCUCCUUAACAACUGUGCCAUCACCAACUAAACGCAAUCUCUAAUUCAAAGAAAUAUGCGAACAUUUCAAAUAUAUCUGAAAUUGUAUUUAAUUCACAAACAAUAGGUCAGAUUUUGGCAUUAACUCAAAAAAGUGCUUUCAUAACAAUAUUGCUAUAGGAAACAGAUCAAAGCUGAAAUAGUAUUGUAACUACGUUGGUUUCAAACAAUUAGUACUGCAUUUGUGGUCUGUCGUACCUACAGCAACGUAUUAUUGGAUACGUCAGAACAAAAUACCAUCAAUAUUUCUAAGAACUUCACAUCCAUUAAAAUAAAAAAAGCACAUUUUGGCUUUUGUUACAUUAUGAGACAGGGCCUGAGUAACUUCAUGUAAGUUCAUUCUGUUACUUUUAUUCCAUGAAAAAUUAAAUAUUUUUACUUUUUUCUUGGUUUGCAAAUUAUAGUGAUAUACAUUCUCCGUAAUUUGACAGCAUCUAUUUUUCCUUUCGGAGUGGCGAUCAGCUGAAGAAUUCAUUUUAAAACUUGUUCACAGUUAGUUUUGAGAUUUGGCAGGACAGAAAGAAAGUCUGGGUUUAAUCUGACCUUGCUUGAUUAUUAUUUAACAAACUGAACUUAUAACUUCAGCCAUGUGAGCCGCCAAAAACUUGGCCAAAAAGAAGAAGAACAACAGCUGGGCUGUCCAAAACGUGUGCAGCAGCUCGCACCCUUGCGCAUGCGCUCAAGUUCGCUCAGACACGUGUCACCCCACCUGUUAUCUCACCACCAACCAGUUUUCAAACAUACAGGAUCGUUUUCAGGCCUGCAGCGUUUAAGCCCCCCGCCAUUCUUUCAUUGUUCUUGAAGGGAAAAGUCGCUGUUUCAAAUCCGAAAAUUCCAAACAACUGAUGAUCAGGUGCUUAUUGUUGUCACCCCCAUUUGUGCCACUGUCUUUCUCUCCGCGUGCCGAUCCCUGGUUUGCAUGCUCCUCGCCGGCUUAUAACCCCAAUGUAACAUUAGCAAUGCAACAAAAAUGUCGAGCAAUAUCGGAGCCAUCCAGACGUACAGUUUUGAGCCAGAUUCCAG